AGUCGUUAAUAGCAGUAGGUAGUAAGCGCACUCAGCUCAGCUCUUACCUUUAUCCUCGACCAUUGCACACUCGUUUUCCUUGGACCUUUGCUGCAACCGCAACAGUGUGUUCUUCUGCAAAGGUACCUGCCAUGUGCUCGCAAUGCAGAGCAGCAUCACCUGCACAAAUCGUUCUUCUCCUUCUCCCACUCAUCAUCUCUUCCAUCUUCUUCACCUCCUCCACCGCAUGCUCUAACGGCAAUUGCCAGGUUUCGGAAGCAUGUUUAACCGCUACGGAUUGUGGGCAAGGUCUCUACUGCGGUAAUUGUCCUGCUUUGGGCUUGAACCGACCCAUCUGCACCAGAGGCCAACCCUCGCUUCCCACAUCCAUAGUCAAUGGGUUGCCCUUCAACAAGUACUCAUGGAUAGUCACCCACAAUUCGUUCAGCAUCGUGGAUUCGCCGCCUUACCCGGGUGUUCAGAGAUUGACAUUUUACAAUCAAGAAGAUGCUGUGGCUAACCAGUUGAGGAAUGGAGUGAGGGGGCUGAUGUUGGAUAUGUACGACUUCCAGAAUGAUAUUUGGCUCUGUCAUUCAUUUAAAGGGGAAUGCUUCAACUUCACUGCCUUUCAACCUGCUAUAAAUACUUUGAAAGAAGUGGAAGCAUUCUUGACGGGAAAUCCAACUGAGAUUGUCACCAUCAUAAUUGAAGACUAUGUGCAUACUCCAAAGGGGUUGACUAAUCUGUUCAAAAGUGCUGGACUGGAUAAGUAUUGGUUUCCAGUGUCCAAGAUGCCUAAAAAGGGUGACGACUGGCCCACUGUAACAGAGAUGGUUCAAGCGAAUCAUCGGCUUGUUGUUUUCACUUCGGAUGCCUCAAAGGAAGCUGAAGAAGGAAUAGCUUAUCAGUGGAAGCACAUGGUUGAAAAUGAGUCUGGAGAUCCUGGAGUUCGGCGAGGUUCUUGCCCGCAUAGGAAAGAAUCAAAGGCAUUGAAUUCUAGAAGUGCGUCGCUUUUCUUAAUGAAUUACUUUCCAACAUAUCCAGUUCAAGCUGAUUCGUGCAAAGAGCAUUCCGCUCCACUUGCUGAGAUGGUGAAUACAUGCUACAAAGCUGCAGGGAAUGUGUUGCCCAACUUCAUAGCUGUUAACUUUUACAUGAGGAGUGAUGGAGGUGGUGUUUUUGAUAUUGUGGAUAAAAUGAAUGGCCAAGAAUUGUGUGGGUGUAGUACAAUCACAGCCUGCCAGGCAGGUGCUUCGUUCGGAACUUGUAAGAAUAUUUCUCUACCUAGUACAAGUCCAGUGAGUAACACUGGUGCAAGCGUUACUGGUUCUGUUCAGUUCUCUAGCUCAGCUUCUCCUGUCUGUUUUCCAAAUUGCUUCUUGUUUUACAUCAUACUUAUCGCAGCCUUGUUGCAACUAUGAUGACUAACAAUUAUCAUAUAUCUUAUUCUAGCUAGUCCUCCAAAAGGAGCUCUAGUAUCUUAGCAUGUCACUGUAGUAUCCUAAAGCUGUGAAAUGUCAUGGAACUGUUGCUAGGUUAGAAAAUUAGAUAAACAUUUUGUGUAUGCUGAGGUUAUAUUAAAGGCUAUUUGAAGUCAUUUGAGGUAGAUUGUAGUCAAGAGAGACCAAGAGUUUAUCUGAAGCUAUUAGUAAUUCAGGACAGGUAUGUUAUACUCUUGGCUGUAGAAACAAAAUUCUAGAUAUUGCAACUUGGGUUGCUCACACUUUCAUUCUUUUCUCCUAUUCCACUUAGGUGCAUUAUUUCCGUUUUCCAAUUUUCCAUUAUGUAAUUGCCAAAUGACUCUCCAGAUACUGCUUUGGAUAAAGUAUUGUUGUGGAUC